UGGACAAACACUGGAUUCUCCUCCCUAGUUCUGCACAUAUUUCUUCAUAUACAGGAGCACAUGCAUAUUUAAGCCACUCUCCUCCUGCCCUUGCACUAGCAUCAGCCUACACACAUUCAGAGUUGGACCCUUGGCUGCAGAUGUUUUGGUUCACCUGAAAUCAUCAUAUGUAAAGGCUCUCAGUUAUCCUACUGUCCUAUCCUUGCCCCUGCACCUUCCCUCUGUACCCAGUCUGCCUCUGCACUUGUCUUCCCUCUCCAGGGUGGACCCUCCAGUUGCAUGCCCUGAAGGACCACCCAACAAAGCUCUGGCUAUGACUGCUUAAUAGACUGCUAAAGAUCAGCAUGGGCUGAGCUGAGUAAAAUAAAGAUGGCCCAAGUGGGGUAAUCUGGGCUAUGGUGUGGGUGAGAGCCCUUGGUGAGGCACAAAUUUAGAGUUUAGUCUCCCUGUAGCCACAGGCCUCUCCCUAUAGGCCUUUCCAUGAAGGGCUAUCUGCCUCAGUUCCCCUACCUCAACCAGCACAUUCCUCAGAAUGGCCUCCAAAAUGAGCUAGAGGAUUUGAGAGGAGGUUCCCUUGGCCUCCAGGGACUCUAGGAAUGCAUCUGCCUUAAUAAGAGCUGAUGUCACUACGUGCACUGGUUCUUCCUCAGUUACCCUAUUCCUUAGCCUGGCAUGGCCAGAACUGCAUGAAACUCCAUGGACAUCCCAGGAGGUUUGGUAGUAAAGGCUCAUUCACUCUGAGAAUUUUGGGAGCAGAGCCUAGGACACAGUGCAGAAAGCCUUCAUCUUUAUUGUUGGGGCUCUCCCCAUUCUGCUACAACUUCUCAUUGGCCAGGGAAGCAAAAGGCCUAGGAAGUGUUUCUGGGAGAAAAUUAUACACUGAAUGUGAUCAAAAGCAUCCUUUUGCAGCCCCUGAGAGUUUGGCCCAGAUUUUACUAUCUUUAAAACCAACCCAUGUUGGAGAAUUUGUCUUUGUAGGUAGCAUCAGCCAAGGAUACAGUGGGAGAGUUGUAUUCCUGUCUCAGGAAAUGGCAACAUAUCUUCUGUCAUUGGCUCCAAACUAGAUCACAUUGAAAUCAGUAUGGCAGCAGGCCACCUACCCAGAUUCCAAAGUCCAUGGGGAGUAGCCCCAGGUUUGAUAAGUGCUGCUAUCCUACACAUAUGCUCGGAUCUCUUUUCUGCCUCUUUUAAGCUUCUGUUCUUCUCCUUGCUCCUGAUUAUUAUACCAACCCACUGCUUCAGGGAACACAGUGAUGCCAGUCCAGAUGUCCCUGAUUGUUACUAGUGUUCUUAUCAACAGUCAGCCUCUAUGUCAGAGAUGGAGGGGUCACAGUUAUCUGUGUAUUUGGAUAAUAGGCACCUAGAAUCAUACAGUUUACUUAUUCGGGGAUCAGGGUAGAAUGACAGCCAAAUAAAGAGGAAACCAUCAUGUGCAAAGGCAAGUACCUGGUUUAAAAAGACAAAACAACAUUUUUCAUGAAGUUGGAAGAGUUUAUAAGACCUGGGGUUCUCAACCUCCAGAUAAAAGUCUGGCAGUAGAGAGUUGAAGCUGCAGUAUGAUGGGGUCAUACUGUAGUUGGAGAGAAACUUCUGCUGCCACUAAAGUGAUCUCUGGAUUAGAAAAAGAAACUGGACCCAGUCUUCUAGAACAGUGUUCACAGGAGACCGAAAGCCCAAAGAGGGCAAAGUGCUAGCCACUUUGUUCAUGGUGACAAGAUGCCAGGGUAAUUGGGCAGUUACUAAACCAGUUAUGGGCCAGGCAUGGUGAGUCUUGGGGGAGCUCUUGUACUAUUAGCAGACCUUCCCCACAAGCCUUGCCUGCCCCCUUCUGCAGAGCUAACCAAGGAAGAAGGAAGGAAAGGGUGCUUCUGUGAACCUCACUAUUGAGAUUGUCUGCCUUAGAAGGUCAUCCACUAUGUGGCCACAUGGUGGCAGCAGAGAACCAAUUGAUGGCACUUCAUUUUUACCCCCUAAAAACCUGUGGGCAGAUGAUUUAGGAGGGCUUGUGAAGUCUUCUCCCAAUCGGUAGAAAUCUCUCCCAACAUCUGGAGGUGGGAUGGACUUCAGGUGGAGAGUAUUUCGUUUCAGUUCUGUCCUGUGUGACUAUAUCUAGAUGUGUUGACCAUGGAAUGCUGGAAGGGUGCCGUGAUUUUCACUGGGUGUUUAUUCAUUUCCGGGCCAAUUUGGAUCAGGAAGGGAGUGCCUUUUAUGUUGCCUUGGGCAUGGUAUCUUGCACUGGGUGUGACUGCUCUAUGUUCCAUUUCCUCUCUCAGUCACCAGCUGCUCAAGAAGAUCCAGCAUGGAAGGAGGGAAAAUCCUGCCCAGGAAAUGGAGAAAGCAAGGAAUACUCAAGAGUAAACUGUGCUGGAAUGUGUGUAGCACAGUGUGUGGGAUCCAGGAGAGGGACCUGGGUCUUGAUGGCUCCUUGGGAGAGGUGUUAUCUCAGCUUUUAGAGAAGAACAAAAAAAGGGUGCUCCUGAAAAGAGGAAUAGCAUUGCAAAGGUCAGGUUAGGAAGGAGGUACAGGCAGUGAGGUGUGCACUGGGUAGGGAGUGGAGGAGGUAGAGCUCCCCAGUCCAGGCUCCUUCCUUACCCAGCCUCCUUACCCACUCCAGAACCACUGAUAAUAUCCCAGAACCACUGUGACAGUGAUGUUAGGCCUGGACCCCUUCCCUCUAGAGUCCAGGCCUACUGGGCUAAAGGGGCUAUCUGGUUAUAGAUCCCCACCUCCAGUGUAGAGGGAGGCCACUAGCCAAAAGACAGUGCUGAGGUCUAAAUGAAGGAGAUGGCAAAGCAGAACUAGGAUCUACCCACCAAUUUACAGACUGGAUAGAAAACUCUAGCUAACCAUCUAACCAGGACUUUAUUCUUAUCUCAGAGACUAAAAGGCUUACAGAGUAGAUUAGAGAAGCCCUGGGAACCAAAGCCCAUCCCUUCCCCCAUAUCAUAGGGCACUAGAGCAGAACCUUUGGGGGGAGUCUUUCCAGAGGUCAGUUUUAUGGUUUGUACCCCCUAUGGCUUCCACAUACUGAGGCUGCAGUGGAGGGACCAGAGGCAGAGUUAAACCUUCACAUAGUCUCCUCUGACUCUUGUCCAGGGAAUGAGUCUCAUACCUUAAUUCAUAUGGCCCUGGGUGAUCAGGGCACAACUACUUUCCUCUGACAAAGCCUCAGGGCAGGCAACUAAAAAGAUUGUUCCUGCUCUUGAAGUGAGGCACUCCACAAGAUCCCUGUCUCUUCCCCACACGGUAGGUCCCCCAGAUGGGCUAUGGGAACCAGUGUCUGAGGGUGUUGCUGUAACAUAGCUCCACCAGAACAAAAGAACCAGGUUAUCCUAUCCACUUUUUACUUAGACAUGGUCGGUUGUUGGAGGGAUGUAAUGGAAUGGCUCAGGCCUGCUCUUUUCUCUUCAGGCCACUCCACGCACACCCACCCACAGGCCCCUGAGAAAUAGACGCACAAGAGAAAGUGUAGGGCCCAGCAUUGAGAAGAGUCAGAUGGGCUGAGAGCCUGGCCUUCAACAAGGCUCCGCCCCCAGCUCCGCCCCUAGCCCCGCCCCCAGCCCAGCCUCACCCGUUCUGCUCCCUCGGGUCGACUUUGCUCCACGCGGUAAUUCCAAGCCAAAGAUCCCGCGGCAGGUGAGACGGCUGUUCCUUUCUUUGCCGUGUGUACAUUGGCAUCAGGUGCUCCUUGUGGAAGGGGUUGGGCUUCACAGAAACCCUGGGUGGAGGUUGGCCGUCCAAGAGCUUUCUGACCGUUCUUCAACGCUGAUCUCAGCUCAGACCUCUGCUCCCAGCCAAGGCCUGAAACCAGGUAUCCCCAAGGGGCUCCAGAUCGCCUCGAUGGAGCUUCGUCAGCUACUGCCACUGUUCUUCCUGCUGCUGCUGCUAUUGCUGCUGACUGCGGUGUCGAUGUCAUACAGGGACUGGCAGUGCCCUCGCACACCCUACGCUGCUUCCCGCGACUUUGAUGUGAAGUAUGUAGUGCCCAGCUUCUUUGCUGGCAGCCAGGUACAGGCCUUGGCCACCUAUGAGGGCAGCGGGGAUGGGAGUGCGGUGUUUGUGGCCACACGCAAUCACCUGCAUGUGCUUGGGCCUAACCUGCAGUCUAUUGAGAGUCUGGCCACUGGCCCUACCGGGGAUCCUGGCUGUCAGACAUGUGCGGCCUGUGGCCGCGGCCCCCAUGGCCCACCAGUUGACACAGACACACUGGUGCUGGUUCUGGAGCCGGUGUUGCCAGCACUGGUCAGCUGUGGCUCAAGCCUACAAGGCCGCUGCUUUCUGCAUGAGCUGGAGAUGCGCGGGACAACCCUGCACCUGGCAGCGCCUAUCUGCCUUUUCUCAGCCCAUAACAACCGGCCUGAGGAUUGUCCGGACUGUGUGGCCAGCCCAUUGGGCACCCGUGUGACAGUGGUUGAGCAGGGCCAGGCCUCCUACUUCUAUGUGGCAUCCUCACUGGAUGCAAAGGUGGCUACCAGCUUUAGCCCUGGCUCAGUGUCCAUCCGGCGCCUCAAGGCAGAUGCCUCAGGAUUCGAACCAGGCUUUUCCUCAUUGUCAGUGCUGCCAAAAUAUUUGGACUCCUACCAUAUAGAAUAUGUUCAUAGCUUCCAUGCAGGAGCCUUUGUUUACCUGCUCACUGUUCAGCCUUCCAGUGUGAUAGACUCUCCUGGUGCCCUGCAAACCCGCCUGGCACGGCUCAAUGCCUUGGAGGCAGAUUUGAGUGACUACCGAGAACUGGUCCUUGACUGUCAUUUUGCACCUAAACGUCGGCGCCGUGGGAUCCCAGACCGGGAGCAGUCCUACCCGAUCCUUCAGGCAGCCCACUCUGCUUCAGUGGGCACCCAACUCGCUGCUGAGCUGAGUAUCACCGAGGGCAAUGAAGUGCUAUUUGGAGUCUUCACCACUGGCAGGAAUGGCAGUCCUGGCAUGGGUCCCAACUCUGUUGUCUGUGCCUUUCCCAUCAACCUGCUGGACACCCUAAUUGAUGAGGGUGUGGAACACUGUUGUGAGUCCUCAGUUCAUUCUGGCCUCCCACGAGGCCUUGACUUCUUCCAGUCGCCCAGUUUUUGCCCUAACCCGCCUGUCCUGGAAGCUUCUAGCCCCAACAUCAGCUGCCACCACUUCCCUCUGCUGGUCAGCCGCAGGUUCCCACGUGUGGAUCUAUUCAAUGGGCUGUUAGGAUCAGUGCAGGUCACUGCACUUUAUGUGACACGCCUUGACAAUGUCACAGUGGCCCACAUGGGCACAUCUGAUGGGCGUAUCCUACAGGUGGAGCUAGUCAGAUCACUCAACUACUUGCUGUAUGUAUCCAACUUCUCAUUGAGUAACAACGGACAGUCCAUCCAUCGAGAUGUCAAACGCCUUGGAGACCACCUACUUUUUGCCUCUGGGGACCAGGUCUUCCAGGUACCUAUCCAGGGGCCUGGCUGCCACCAUUUCCUCACUUGUAGGCGUUGCCUACAAGCACAGCAUUUCAUGGGCUGUGGCUGGUGUGGGAACAUGUGCGGCAGACAGAAGGAGUGUCCUGGCUCCUGGCAACAAGAUCACUGUCCACCUGUGCUUACCAAGUUUUACCCUGACAGUGGACCCCUAAGGGGCAGCACAAAGCUGACCCUGUGUGGCUCUAACUUCUACCUGCAUCCUACUGGUCUUAUACCUGAGGGAACACAUCAGGUCACUGUGGGCCAAAGUCCCUGCCGCCUGCUGCCUAAGGACACCUCAAACCUCAGUCCAGUGCCCCGGAAGGACUUUGUAGAGGAACUUGAGUGUGAGCUGGACCCCUUGGGCACACAGGCAGCAGGAACUACCAACAUCACCCUUAUCGUGACUAAUAUGCCACGGGGAAAGCACUUCCAGGUAGAAGGCAUCUCCAUGCUGGAAGGCUUCUCUUUUGUGGAGCCAGUGCUGAAAAGAGUACAACCCCUGUUUGGCCCACGGGCAGGGGGCACCUGUCUCACUCUUGAAGGCCAGGGCCUGUCUGUAGGCACCAGCCGGGCUGUGUUGGUCAAUGGAACCCAGUGCCAGUUGAAACGGGUCAGCCAGGGGCAGAUUUUAUGUGCCACACCCCCUGGGGCUGCCACGGCCAGAGUACCCCUUCGCCUGCAGGUGGGAGGUGCUGAGGUGCCUGGCUCCUGGACCUUCCACUACCAGGAAGACCCCAUUGUGCUGAACAUCAGCCCUAACUGUGGAUACCCAGGCUCCCAUGUCACUAUCCAUGGCCAGUAUCUGACUUCAGCAUGGCACUUAGUGCUAUCAUUCCAUGAUGGGCAAGGAACAGUGGAGAACAGGUGUGAGGGGCAAUUUCCAGAGCAGCAUCAAUGCCGCCUGCCUGAAUAUGUGGUCCGAGGCCACCAGGAGUGGGUAACAGGAAAUCUGAGUGCCUGGGGGGAUGGAGCUGCUGGCUUCACACUACCAGGCUUUCGCUUCCUACCCCCACCCCGUCUACCCAGUGCUGAACUAGCCCCACUGAAGCCUGAAGAGCAUACUAUUAAGUUUGAGUAUAUUGGGUUGGGUGCUGUGGCUGACUGCGUGAGUGUGAACGUGACCGUGGGUGGUGAGAGCUGCCAGCACGAGUUCCGGGGGGACGUGGUGGUCUGUCCCCUGCCCACCUACCUACAACUUGGCAAGGAUGGAGCCCCAUUGCAGGUUUGCGUGGAUGGUGAGUGUCAUAUCCUUGGCAGAGUGGUGCAGCCAGGGGUCCCACAGAACACACUCCUUAUUGUCUUGCUCGCCUUGCUGUUGCUCAUGGCUUCAAUGGCCACUGUGCUAGUUUUCAACUACUGGUGGCGGAGGAAACAAUUGGUUCUUUCUCCCAACCUUGAUGACCUGGCAUCCCUGGACCGGACCAAUGGACCCACGCUCCUGCCUAUGCUCCACUUAGGCUCUGACUAUAGACAUGGCCCUGAACUCUCUGCUAUUGAUAGUCCUGAUUCUACCACUCGGGUCCAUGCAGAAUCCUUUUUGGACAACAGAGAUGGGUCCUGUGUCCCACUGCUGCGGACAGAGUCCAUUAAGCUCAGGGACCUGGACUCUGCACUCCUGGCUGAGGUCAAGGAUGUACUGAUCCCCCAUGAGCGUGUAAUCACCCACAGUGAUCGAGUCAUUGGCAAAGGCCACUUUGGAGUUGUCUACCAUGGAGAAUACACAGAUGAGGCUCAGAAUCGUAUCCACUGUGCCAUCAAGUCGCUGAAUCGUAAGUGUGGUAAAGGUUGGGUGGGCAGGGAGAGGAGCCCAAGAGUAGGAGGGUCUUUCUUCCUGCUGUGUUGGCAUCUAAGUGAUCCCGAGCAGGAGACUACUGGGCCUGACCCAAGCCAUUCUACAGGCAUCACAGAGGUUCAGGAAGUAGAAGCCUUCUUGCGAGAGGGACUGCUCAUGCGCGGCCUGCACCAUCCAAAUGUUCUGGCUCUCAUUGGUAUCAUGCUGCCACCUGAGGGGCUUCCCCGUGUGCUGUUGCCCUAUAUGCGCCAUGGAGACCUGCUUCAGUUCAUCCGGUCACCUCAGCGGAACCCCACUGUGAAGGACCUCAUCAGCUUUGGCCUGCAGGUAGCCCGAGGCAUGGAGUACCUAUCAGAGCAGAAGUUUGUACACAGGGACCUGGCUGCUCGGAACUGCAUGCUGGAUGAAUCAUUCACAGUAAAGGUGGCUGACUUUGGUCUGGCCCGUGAUGUCCUGGACAAGGAGUACUACAGUGUUCAGCAGCAACGCCAUGCUCGCUUACCUGUCAAGUGGAUGGCAUUGGAAAGCCUUCAGACCUAUCGAUUUACCACCAAGUCUGAUGUGUGGUCAUUUGGUGUGCUGCUGUGGGAACUGCUGACACGGGGUGCCCCACCAUACCCCCACAUUGACCCUUUUGACCUCAUUCAUUUCCUGGCCCAGGGUCGGCGUCUGCCCCAGCCUGAGUAUUGUCCCAAUUCUCUGUAUCAAGUAAUGCAACAAUGCUGGGAGGUGGACCCGGCAGCACGACCUACCUUUGGAGCACUAGUGGUGGAAGUAGAACAGGUAGUGGCCUCACUGCUUGGGGACCACUAUGUGCAGCUGUCUGCAGCCUAUGUGAAUCUGGGUCCCUGUGCAUUGGAUGAAAUGAAUGUGCUUCCAGAACAGCUUCAAUCCCCAUCUGUGCACAGGAGCAUGUUGAGGCCCCGGCCCCUCUCAGAGCCACCUUUGCCCACUUGACCUAAUCCCUGAGAAGUUCCACAGGGGCUGGACCUGCUUAGCAGCUUUGAGCCUAAUCCCAAGCUGCCUCUGGGCCAUUCCAGGCCAGAGAGCAUUGAACCUCCACCUUGUCUCUACCCUUUAACCUUCUAAGACCAUGGGAGGGGAAUAAGACACAUUAGUUCCCUCCCUCAACAGAGUGAGCCAGUGAGGAAGAUCCUUCUAUAGCAUGUAUUUAUGGAGUGCCUGUUGUAUAUCCUGACUGCUGGGCACAUAGAGUCAGCAGUGUCCACAGAGACACUAGUCCUUGAAGUAAAAAAAAUAAAUGCAUAUUCAAAUACAAA